AUGGAUGAGUUUGAUUUGGAAACAUUCCCUUUGGAGUCGGUCACGAAGUCUCAGCUUCGGCAAUUGGGUAAAGCUCUAUGGGGCUGGAAACAAUGCAUUCACAAUGAAGAGGAGCAGUCCAAGCUCGAGAGCAUGAAGUUCGAACCCUAUUUUCGGUUCUACAGAGAGAUGACGGCGUCGUAUGUCUCUGAUGCUUUUCCGCCGGACGAGGUUCAAGCUUUGCGGUCGCACGACGAUCUGCAUGACCUUAUCCGGUUGAUCAGGUCGAAUCCAGAGGCGCAGAGAAUCAAGUUGGCGCAAGAUUACUUCUCUAAGAGGCAAAUGGGAAAGAGCACCUUGCCAGAAGAUGAGAAGCAAGCCUUCAAUCUUGCUGCCAAGGCUAUCCUCAUGGUCAGCUGCUCGUACGAAGGACAAGCUGGUGGUAUCGAAACAGCCGUCUGGAGGAACGAUCAAUCUGCGCGGGAACUUGUAUCAACCAUGUUCCCAGUCCGAGACCAUCCUGACCUCAACAACCCUGGCGAUUCCUUACCUGACAUCAAAUCAGCCUUGAAAGCAACAAGGCUUAAGAAAGUCGCUGGGCUAUCGUUCCAAGGCACAGAUGACCUUCGAAACCACCUUCGGAUGGAUCUCAAAACUGGAGUCGUCGAGCUUUAUCACCAUACUGCCUUUCUGAAGGAGUGCCUCAAGGCAUCGAAGGAUACUCAUGCGGAGUAG